AUGGCUAUGAGAAAGCGAAGUGGCUCUGGCUCUAAACGCCAGCACAAAGGGAAGCUCGUGCCUAUCUACGAGAGCCUCUUCAAGGGAGAGGACCUCACGCAGUCGCAUCCCAAUUUCUGGAAUGAAUUAUUCUUGAUCAAACCGAUGGUACCUCAGAUCGAGGCUGAGAUUCUCCGUCUCAGUACCGACCAGCUGCACACCUGCAAAGCCAACCUCAACUCCCUAGUCUGUCACUGUGUUGACACUCUGGUGGACGAGCACCCCUUUCGAGUGGUAUAUGCCCUGCAGACCCUGGCGGCAGUAAUCCAGUCAAUGUACAAAAGAGUCAGCCAAGUUGAUACCGACUUCAACCUGAUCGACAUGCUUGUCGGUCUGGAGUCAGCUGAGCAGCGAAUGACGACUCUCAUGCAGCACUGCAACAAUUUCCUUACGGGAGAGUACCCAGACAGUCUGAAAGCCCUGUGCCUCAAGCUCCUCCUGAUCAUCACGACAGGCAUGGACAAUCUCAACCAGAAUUCCCUCCUCGAGCAUGUGAUGGUGAACGGUGUCUUCGAGUCGUUGAUCCAACUACUGCGAUCAACGGCAUCUCGGAAUCGUCAUGGAAAUGAUACAGUUUUACUUUUAACUCUUCUAGUCAACUACAGAAAGCACGAAAGUACGAAUCCUCACAUUGUCAAAUUGUCGAUUCUCGAUGAUGAACUAGCGCUCAAUGGGUAUGGCCAGGUCAUAUCCAGCUCCCUCACGGACUUCUGCAGACUUUUUGUCCAGCAGAAAGCAGAAGUACAGACUUCCUGGCUGUCUUCCCUCACCAGCAUGGUGGGAAGCAUGUUUAUAGGUGAAGAGGAAGCCAACAACCAGCAAGUGCGAGCGAACAAUGCACUUUUGCUGGCGCUCUACGAAGCAACCCACCUGAAUCGAAACUUCGUGACAACUCUGGCGUUUACCCAGAGUGAUACAUCAGCCCCUCCAUCACCGAACAACACCCUGGGUCCGAACGCAGUAGCGCCUACCCAGCCCCCAGACAUAAUAACCCAGCCCUUCAACCUCCUCGCGACCUUCCUCCAAUAUUGUUCGAUCGUGAUGCAGGUCAUAAGGACCGAGGCAAUCCUGAACAACGUCAAGCUUUGCUUUUUGAUCCUGAGUUGCAUCGCAGAGGACCAGUAUGCAAACUCCUUGAUGCACGACGCAAAUCUUGCGUUUCGAGUGCAACUGCACCGAGUGCCAAUGCACCACAGGAAGAUCCACGACAAAGCAGCCCCCACUCAGCCUCUGGCAGCUACUCUCCUGGACCUGCUGGUGGAGUUCAUUACAUCUCACAUGAUGAAGAAGUUUCCCCUGGAGCUGUACCACCAGUGCAUAGGGGUCCUCCAGAGGAUGUUAUGCUAUCAGAAGAGAUGUGGAGUAAGGUUGGGGUACCACUGGAAGGACCUCUGGACCGCAUUAUUCAAUUUACUUAAAUUCCUUACGACCCACGAGGCACAUCUCGUCAAGAAGAUGAAUAUCUUUCCACUCGCUAUCCAAGUCGUCAACAUUCUGAACCUCUUUAUCACCUAUGGGGACACAUUUCUCUCAUUACCCAGCAGUUACGACGAACUCUUCUAUGAAAUCAUCAGGAUGAGACUGAUUUUCACUAAUCUAAAUGCCAUGGCACUCAGGUACUCGACGAUGGAGGCAUACGAGUACAAGGACCAUGCGUUGAAGCUCAUGAACUGUCUGGUUAAUAUGAGGGAUAUUGUCAAUCAUUUUCCACCAAAAAUCGCUGCCUGGCUCGCUGCCGAGAGCCUAUCGACACCUACAGAACAACAGAUCAUGGCCAUCAUUAUUCAGAAUUAUGAUACGUUAGGGCUGAAGCUCCAGGAUAAUCUUGAUCAGUAUGAAAGGUACUCGGAAAAGCCUAAUCAUACUGGCUUCUUUGAGGAGAUGGUAACUGGAGUAAUUAUUGAUACCCGUGCCUCGAUAGACCUGAACGCCCUAGAUACACAGGAGAUUCUCCACGAGCUGUCCAACAUCUCGUAAUCCCUGACCCCUAAAUCAACCUCACCACUGUAGAUCAAACGAGAAAGUCCACCUCCACGGUAAAACUACUGGAGUCAAUGAAACGCGCCUUCAAGGUUUACAUAUAAAAAGUGUAUAUUAUUCAAAAAUAUUUAAAGAAAAAAAGAGUGUUCAUCGGGAAAUCUCCGUAAGUGAUGAAUGAUAUUUUUUAAUGAGCGUUGAGCUCAGCUCUGUAAGUAAAUGCCUUUUGAAACAAAUAA